CUUCCCGACUAUUUAAAGUCGCGACAUCGCGGGCGGCGGCUCAGUGGAAGAAGAAGAAGGCGGCCGAGGAGGGUGGGAGUUAUUUUUUUUUUAUUUUUUUUUUCCCCCUCCACGCGAGUUUUCCGCCAUGAAUCCCAACUGUGCGCGCUGCGGGAAGAUUGUGUAUCCCACGGAGAAGGUGAACUGCUUGGAUAAGUUCUGGCACAAAUCAUGUUUCCACUGCGAGACCUGCAAGAUGACCCUGAACAUGAAGAACUACAAGGGCUACGAGAAGAAGCCCUACUGCAACGCACACUACCCCAAGCAAUCCUUCACCAUGGUGGCAGACACGCCCGAGAACCUGCGCCUAAAGCAGCAGAGUGAGCUCCAGAGCCAGAUCCGCUACAAGGAGGAGUUCGAGAAGAACAAAGGGAAGGGAUUCAGCGUGGUGGCCGACACCCCCGAGCUGCAGAGGAUCAAGAAGACUCAGGAUCAGAUCAGCAACAUCAAGUACCACGAGGAGUUCGAGCGGAGCCGGAUGGGGCCCAGCCCCAGCGAGGGCUCGGAGCCGGAGCGCCGGAGCUCCCCCGAGAGCGGCGCCUACCGGAGAGCGGAGCAGCAGCAGCCGCAGCACCACGGCCAGCCCGGGGCCACAGUUUACCAGCAGCAGCAGCAGCCGCCUCCAUCCCAGUCCUACGGCUACAAGGAGCCAACUCCGGUCUCCUCACAGCGCAACGCCCCGGCCGGAGGGGGGAAGCGUUUCCGUGCCGUCUAUGACUACAACGCGGCGGACGAGGACGAGGUGUCCUUCCAGGACGGGGACACCAUCAUCAACGUGCAGCAGAUCGAUGACGGCUGGAUGUACGGCACGGUGGAGCGCACGGGGGACACGGGCAUGCUCCCGGCCAACUACGUGGAGGCCAUCUGAGCCCUGCCCGUGUCCCCUCCCCGUGGGUGCGGCUCCUGUCCCCUCCCCGCCCUCCGAGCCGUGUCCCCGCGUCCCCUCCGGCUCCGG